GUUAACAUGGUGAAGGCUCUCCCCUACCAGAAGAAGAAGGUCGUCAAGCGGUCGAAGAAGUUCACCCGCCACCAGUCCGGUAUCGUCUUCGGCCCGUCCAACGGUCGCUACUCCGUCAAGCCGUCGUGGCGCAAGCCGAAGGGUAUCGAUGGCCGCGUCCGUCGUCGCUUCCGUGGCGCCCUCCCCAUGCCUAACAUUGGCUACGGCACAGACAAGGUGACCCGCAACCGCGACCCGAACGGCUUCUACCGCUUCAACGUCCGCAACGUCGCUGACCUUGAUGUGCUCCUGAUGCAGCACCGCAAGUUUGCCGGCGAGAUCUGCAAGAGCGUCUCGGCCCGCAAGCGCCGUGCCAUCGUCAAGCGCGCCCAGCAGCUCGACAUCAAGCUCACCAAUGCUCAUGCCCGCCUUCGCCAGGAGGAGGACGAGUAAACCCAAGAAGUACGACCAGCCAGGCAACUGUGCAACCGUCAUGUGCUACGAUAAAACAAAAUCUCCCCCUG